AUGUCCUCCAAAGGCCUCUGGCAGCCCAAACAGCCGGACUCAGCGUCUAUGAACAAAACGAACCAAGGCCCCCGCCGCAUCGGCCAAUGGCUGUACCUCAGGCCUGAGAAAAUCGAGGAGUACAAGAAAUGUCAUGCAGCUGUCUGGCCUGAAGUGCUUGCCCAGAUAGCAGACUCGAAUGUUAAGGAUUACUCGAUAUUCCUAAGUAUGCACCCACGACCCACACUCUUCGCGAGCUUCAAGUACGUGGGGCACAAGUUCGACGAGGAUAUGGCGCGGAUGGCGGCGAAUCCCAAGGUGCAGGAGUGGUGGCGUAUGACGGAUGGGAUGCAGGAGUCGCCUGUGGACGGCGCGGUGGGGAGUGCGAGUGGGCCCGGGUGGUGGGGACAGACGGAGGAGGUGUUUUAUGUGGAGUAG